AUGGGUUGGUUCUGGGCAGAUGCACCAAGGCCUUCGACCGCACCGGCAGCCGUGGUUACACUACCGAGUAACCAUCCUCCUCAACAACCUGGUGCCACUCCUCCGGUAGAUAUACACCCUUCUCAAAUAUCUUCGCUCAUCUUACUAAUGAUUGCUCUAUCACAGCCAUCAUGUCCUAUGCACGUCAAAGACUCAUCCACACCCCCAACGGCUUCACCAUUUCCUCCACGCCUCGACUCUCCCAACUCAACACCAUCAUCAUGUCCCGUGAAAUCAGUCAACCAUCCUCUCCGAAACGUCACAUCCACCCAACAUCCACAAUCACAGCCCUCCGCACCACAACAGCAAGAACAACAAUCUACCCUCUCCAAACUCAACCCUCUAAACUACAUGCCCACGCUCGCGAACGCCCGUGACGCAGAUUCACCCCAGAGUAUCGCCCUCCCGCUUGAGCGAGAAUUAUCCUCUAUCCCCCGCGGCGAUAGCGAAGCCAACUGGGAAUACCCAUCGCCACAGCAGAUGUACAACGCAAUGCUGCGCAAAGGCUACACCGACACACCCGCCGAUGCUGUGGAGAGCAUGGUCGCCGUGCACAACUUCCUGAACGAAGGGGCAUGGGCUGAAAUCGAGGAGUGGGAGCGGAUUUUCGGCCCUGGACUCUCGCACGGCUGGAGUCUCUGCGCCAAAGGUGAGGAAGGCAUAGCACUGGAGCGAGCGAAGCGCGAGUUCCUUGCCGCACGGCGCAAGGCCCUCAAUCUCCCGGAACCAUCGACAUCAGUGGACACCCAGCCGAAAUUGCUGCGCUUCCUGGGCCGGCCACAGGAACCCACGCCUAAAGCUCGCAUCCUCAGCGCGCUAGGGUAUGUGAUGCCGGAGAAGUUUGGCGGGGAGCCACCGUUCGACCGGCACGACUGGUACGUUGCGCGACGUCGGCCGGACGGCUCUGUCACGGAAGUCCGCUACGUCAUCGACUACUACUCCGGCGGCGUUCAGAGCACCGGCGAGCCCGUCUUCUACCUCGACAUCCGCCCCGCACUGGAUACGCCAACCGCGGCCGUCGAGCGCGCAAUGCGCUGGGGUGGGGAUGUCUGGCACCGUGCGACGGGCGCCAGUGUGCGCGAGGCCGCGAGGAAUCAACCUCCGAAAUCAAGUUGA